CUUUUUGAUAACUGUCAGUUUUCUGCAAGUUCUAAUUGUAUAAAAGCGUGUAAAUACAAAAAUUAUUCAAUUAAUAAGAUUGUUCUUAUUUUAAAAUGAAACCUUUAAUGUUACAAGGGCACGAACGUGCUAUAACACAAAUUAAAUACAAUAGAGAAGGCGAUCUUUUAUUUUCAUCCUCCAAGGAUAAUAAACCCAAUGUGUGGUAUUCUCUUAAUGGGGAACGACUGGGAUCAUUUAAUGGCCAUCAAGGGGCUGUAUGGUGUAUAGAUGUGGACUGGACCACCACCAGAUUUUUAUCGGGGGCUGGUGAUAACACAUGCAAAAUUUGGGAUUGUGAGACUGGAAAAGAAAUAGGAAACAUCGUGACAAACUCCUCUGUAAGGACCUGUAUGUUUAGCUACUCAGCAAAUAUGGCAGUUUACACUACAGAUAAGGCCAUGAAACAGCCUUGUGAAAUGUUUAUUAUUGAUGUAAGAAAUGUAGAUGAAAGUAUAUCUCAUCAAGACCCCAUUUUAAGGAUACCAAUCAAUGGUCCUCGUGUGUCAUCCAUUUUAUGGGACAAUUUAGAUGAGUCUAUUAUUACUGGUCAUGAAAAUGGUGAAAUUAUUACUUGGGAUUUAAAAACUGGCAAAAAAAUGAACUCUGUUAAAGAACACGACAGUCUCAUCAACGAUAUGCAAUGGAAUAAAGAUGCAACAAUGUUUAUAACUGCCUCUAAGGAUCACACCGCGAAACUGUUCGACGCCGAAAGCUUAGCGCUACUUAAAACUUACAAAACAGAGAGGCCUGUAAACUCAGCGGCUAUCAGCCCUAUUGCAGAACAUGUGGUUGUUGGUGGUGGUCAAGAUGCUAUGGACGUAACCACCACUUCUGCCAGAGUUGGUAAAUUCGACUCCAGAUUUUUCCACAUGGUGUUUGAAGAAGAGUUUGGCAGGGUUAAGGGUCAUUUUGGACCUAUCAACAGUGUGGCAUUUCAUCCAGAUGGUAAAAGUUAUAGUUCUGGAGGUGAGGAUGGAUAUGUAAGAGUGCAUAACUUUGAUUCUUCUUACUUUGAAUACAACUUGGAUUACUAAGCAAGCAAACACCGUAUUAAAAUUAAAUUUAUAAAAUUCGUA